AACACCUAAGAGUCUGCUUGCCCUACCAGUUCCACUCUUUUUUCUAAUUCACUUUAUGUCUACCGAUUGGAAGACAUAUCUUCGGCAAACUGGAGCAGUUAACGCUUAGAAGGUCAUAGGACGGAUUUCUUGGACAUCAGUACAUGGUACUGUAGACUCGGCGCGAAUCAGGACUUCCCAUUCACAAUGCAGCAAGGAGUAGAGGAGGGAGAGGGCUACGGGGAUGGAGCUAGCUACGUUUACGACGACAUGUUCCCGGCACUGCCAGAGUCCACUAACCUGGCAGCACCGGCCACCAUGGGUAGCUGGGGCUCAGCCAACAACAAGAUGAGGGUUGGAACUUCAGACAUUACUCAGGUAUUCAACGUGCCAGCGGAAGAACGCAGGUACGACCACAGCAACAGUUUCGGGGAAAAGGAGUCGGUGCGGACAUGUCAGAGCAUAAUGAAGGACACGGGUGCUCGCAUAGAGAUGUCCACCAGCAAAAACCAGAAUCUUACGUUCUUGGUCAGUGGCAAGCUGGAUGCUGUGUUCGAGGCUCGUCGUAGAAUACUAAAUAGCUUCCAGACUCAGGCAAGUACAACGAUUUCCAUUCCCAAGGAGCACCACAGGUGGAUCCUGGGCAAGGCAGGAACCCGACUGAAGGAUCUGGAAAAGGAAACCGCAACCAAGAUCCAAGUGCCACCAAUUGGUGAUCCGUCAGACAAGAUUGUCGUACAAGGCACCAAGGAUAGUAUUGACAAGGCUGUCCACGAGAUCAUGGUCAUUUCUGAUGAACAGUCGAAGAAGGCCAUGGAACGAUUUGACGUUCCGAAGUGCUACCACCCCUUCCUGUUUGGACCCUUCCAGGAGACAUUGAACAAACUGAAAGCAGAAACAGGGGCCAAUAUCAACAUCCCUCCACCCAGCGUAGACAAGACAGAACUGAGUAUUUCCGGUGAGAAGGAGGGUGUAGCAGCAGCCAAGGCGAGAAUCAUCCAGAUCUGGAAGGAUAUGGAGGAGCGGUGUACCACAGUGUCUGUGGAGGUGGCUAAACCUCAGCAUCGCUUUAUCGUAGGACCUCGAGGCUCUGGUAUACAGGAGAUCUUGCAGAAAGCUGGUGUCAGCGUGGAGAUGCCGCCCAAUGACUCGGGAUCUGGCCAGGGCACGAUCACUCUGAGAGGGCCUCAGGAUAAACUUGGACAAGCUCUCAACAUGGUGUAUGAAAAAGGCAGCAGCAUGCAGAUGGAGACACUGGAUGCACCGGAGUGGCUCCACAAACACAUCAUCGGCCGCAAGGGAGAGAACAUUAGGAAAAUCACUGGUGACCAUCCAAAGGUGCAUGUGGAGCUGGCAGACGGCAAAGUGAAAUUGGAGGGGCCGACGAAAGAAGUGAAACAGGUCAAAGACCAACUGGAGGCUGUGCUCAAAGAUCUGAUCAGCAACAUGACCUACACUACGCUUACUGUAGAUUCCAAGCACUCCAAACAUAUCAUUGGCAAAUCAGGCGCCAACAUCAACAGAAUUAAAGAACAGACUGAUGCCCAGAUCAGCAUCAGUGAGUUUAGUGGGGUCAGUAACAUCCGGAUCGAGGGGAACAAACAAGGUGUAGAACAAGCGAAACAGGAAUUGGAAGAACUCAUUGCAAAGCUUGAGAAUGAAAAGGAGAAAGAUGUCAUCAUCGAGCAAAGGCUCUACCGGAAGAUUAUUGGGCAGAAGGGAGAAAAAAUCAAAGAAAUUAGGGAGAAAUUCAAUCAAGUUCAGAUCACUUUCCCUAACCAAAGUGAGAAGAGAGAUGUGGUGAAGAUCAGAGGACCCAAGGAUGAUGUGGACCGAUGCCACAAAUACUUGAUGAAGCUUGUGAAAGAGAUCAACGAAAGCAGUUAUUCCAUCGAAGUGCCCAUCUUCAAGCAGUACCACAAGCUUGUCAUCGGCAAAGGAGGUGCUAAUAUCCGAAAGAUCAGAGAAGAAACAAAUACUCAGAUUGACCUGCCAGCUGAAGGAGACAAGAGUGACAAUAUCAUCAUCACGGGGAAGAAAGAGAAUGUAGAAGAAGCAAGAGAAAGAAUUCUGAAAAUCCAGAAUGAACAAGCCAACAUUGUCUCGGAAGAGGUGUCAAUCCCUCCGAAGUUCUACAAUUCCAUCAUUGGUGCCGGAGGCAAGCUGGUGAAACAUAUCAUGGAUGAAUGUGGAGGUGUGCAGAUCAAGUUCCCAAGCUCAGACAGCAAGAGUGAUAAAGUCCAGAUCCGAGGGCCUCAGGAGGACGUUGACCGAGCAAAGCAGCAGCUGCUGGAGCUGGCGAACGAGCGUGAACAGAACAGUUUCACUGCGGAGGUUCGAGCUAAACCACAACACCACAAGUAUCUCAUUGGCAAGAGUGGUGCCACCAUCAAGAAGCUGAGGGAAACCACCGGCUGUAGAAUCAUUUUCCCAUCAGCCAGUGAUGAGAAUCAGGAGCUAAUCACCAUCAUUGGCAAGCAGGAGGGCGUACAGAAGGCUAAGGCUGAACUGGAAGCUUACAUCAAGGACAUUGAUAAUGUGGUGGAAGAUGAUAUGCAAGUGGAUCCCAAGUACCACAGACACUUUGUGUCGCGCCGCGGAGAGAUCCUCCAGCGAAUCUCAGAAGAGUGCGGUGGCGUGUCCAUCUCCUUCCCUCGGGCUGGAGUCCAGAGCGACCGGGUGGUGCUGAAAGGUGCUCACGAGUGCAUCCAGACAGCCAAACAGAAGAUUCAGGAAAUUGUGGAGGACCUGGAGUCAAUGGUGACUAUAGACUGUGUUAUACCCCAGAAAUUCCAUCGCACCAUUAUGGGGCAGAGAGGAGCCAAGGUACAAGAUAUCACUUACAAAUUUGAUGUCCAGAUCAAGUUCCCUGAGAGGAACUUUCAGGAGGAUUACACACAAUCGAAUGAGUACUAUGACGGUGAACAUGCAGCAGAGAAUGGAGAAAACAAUCUGAUGAACGGAGAUGCCAACCCUGUCCCAUCCAUCAAGGCCUGUGACAUCAUUCGCAUCACGGGCAAGCCGGAGAAUUGUGAGGCGGCCAAACAAGCUCUCAUCAACAACGUUCCCAUCACAAUCCAGGUGGAUGUUCCAUUCGACUACCAUCGUUCCAUCAUCGGCCAGAAAGGCCAGUCCAUCCGAGAACUGAGCGACAGAUUUGAUGUUCACAUUGAGGUCCCCAACAGUGAUGAUCAUCUGGACUAUAUUAAGAUCACAGGAACAAAUGAAGCUGUAGAAAGUGCCAAAAUAGCUGUAGAAGAGAGAAUAAAGGAAAUUGAUGCUGAGAGAGAAGAUAGGUUACUAAAGUCAUAUGAGCUAGAAUUUGAAGUUGAGCCUGAGUUUCAUCCAAAAAUCAUCGGGAAGCGAGGCCUGGUGAUCAAUAAGAUCAGGCAAGACCAUAACGUCCAAAUAACGUUUCCUCGUCGUGGUGACGAGAAUGAGAAAAUCAUCAAGAUUGUUGGUUAUGAAGACAAGGCCAUAGCUGCAAGAGACGACAUACUAAAGCUUGUCAGCGAACUGAGUGGCUUGGCCAAGGUUGAAGUGUUCUUGGACAGUCGAGUACACUCCAGGCUGAUCGGCACUCGAGGCCGCAGCAUCCGCAAGAUCAUGGACCAAUUUAAUGUUGAGAUCAAGUUCCCACGCUCGCAGGAUCCUGAGCCUGAUCUUGUCAUCAUCACGGGCAACGAGAACGACUGUGAGGAAGCCAAGGAUCACCUGCUCAAUUUGGAGGAGGAAUACUUGCAAGACGUCAGUGAACCACCUACAUACAGAGAAGAGACUAACAACUUCUUCGGAAACCACAAUGUGAAGAGCGAGGCUUCUGGUUUCGUCGUGAAAGGAGGGCCUUGGGAACAGAAAGCUCCGGACACGAACAGCACAGAAGACUUCCCGACAUUCGGAGGUGGUAGCAGCCACACACCUCAGUCAUCGUUGCCGUGGGGGCCCCGCCGCUAGCCCGCCCCCCCACCACCCACUCACGACAAACUGGACCAUCCGAUCUUCCAUUCGUUUUGUUUAUUUGAAACACAUCAAAACCUUUAAUGAGUAGGAUUAACUACCCUGAGUUCAGGAGUGUUUAAAUAUUAUUGUUUACUCAAAUUAUCGCUUGAUCAUUGUUUUCUUACACAUGGAUUACUUUACUGGCUUAAUGUUGUUUGGUUAUCAAUCGUCUUGAACUUAUUAGUAUGUUAUAGUGCAAUAUUUAUUUUGAUUAUGGUGGAAAAUUUACUUAAUAACGGAAAGUACGGUCUUUCUCGAGACGUUUUCAUCUUUCCCUCCUGUUUACUGCUUGCUGCAUUGGUUAAUGACCCGGCACGUUCAUGGAUAUCUGAAUUCGGUCGCUCGAAGGAAUUUUACAUUUUUAUUUUUCUGUUAAUGUAUAUGAAUUAGUUUUAUCUGAAAGUCUCAUGUAAUUUUAUACAAUAUUUAUAUAAUAAGUUUUGAAUAAAUUUACCAUUUAUAAUUUGCCGUAGUGUACUGCGACAGCUACUAGUUUUAUGGAAUGAAAGAUUUUUUAUUUUAACUGUUUUGUGUAAAAAGACAGUCAACCAGUUAAUUGCGUCUUCCUCGACAGACUUUAAAGUCGUGAAUCCUUAAAUAGUUCCUCUUGCGUUUCCUUCUCUGUGCAAUUUACAUUAUUCUGUUAGCUUUACAGUUGUUUGUUCGAUCAUUUAUUUGUUUUUGCUUUUCGGUGAAAUCUGGUGCCUUUUACUAUUUUAUCAUAGUUUAUUUUUCAGAAAUAGUUAUCAUUUGUGCGAUUCUGUUCAUAAAUCAGACAACCACAUCACUUUGCACCCUAAAAGCAAUACCUUCUAAGUCUUUUGUAGCGUGUUUUACUGACAAUACUGUCUUUUUAAACGUGGUUAAUUCAAAGUACAUUUGGCUUCGAGCCGAAACGUUCAUUUUACUCAAUCUAAGUGAAAGUUGAUAAAUAUUGUUGAAUUAAUUUAUGUCACAAUAGAUAUUAUAAUUAUUGUUAUAUUUUUUGUUAGUCUUUCUAUUGAUAUAUUUUGAACCAAUUUUGUAGAGUUUUAUAUAAGCAUGAGUUUGUUGUGUUCUGAGUCAUUGUAUAGAGAGAAGUUUUCUUUUACAGGUUUUUAUGUUGUUAUUGUUAAAAUGUUAAAAACAAUAAAAAUUGUAAAAUAAUUAAUAGACUGAAAAAAAGUUAAAAAGUAUAUAUUUAUAAGUGAAUCAAGGGAGAUUUAUCCGCGCUGUGUCCCGGAUAACUGUCCACAUCCACAAAUGGGGAUUUGCCAUUUCCGGAAAGUUGAAUGUGUGAUCAUAUUUUAUAUUACAAGGAAAUGUAAAUAUAUUAUGUAGGCCCUCACUGUCGUUGGGUGGAUAAUAUUCUUACGAAUAAAGAUAAUAAUACCCAA